AUGUCUCGUCGCGACCCUAAAGUGCAAUUUGACAAUGACGAUUAUACGGUCGGCUGGAUUUGUGCCAUAACGACCGAGCACGUUGCCGCACGAGCUUUCUUUGAUGAAGAGCACGAGUCGCCGCAAUCUGUGUCCCCACACGAUGAUAACAACUAUAUACUAGGCAGGAUUGGGAAACAUAAUAUUGUCCUCGCCAGUUUGCCCCAUGGUGAAUACGGCCUGUCUUCAGCAGCAAGUGUGGCGAGAGACAUGCUACAUAGCUUCCCAAAUAUUCGAAUUGGCCUAAUGGUUGGUAUUGGAGGGGGAGCUCCAAGCAAAAAUCACGAUAUCCGCUUAGGUGACGUGGUUGUCAGUGACCCCCGCAAUGGAGAGGGUGGUGUUUUUCAAUAUGACUUUGGCAAAACAGUACAGGAACAAAGCUUUUAUCCGACUGGGCAUCUAAACCAGCCGCCCCCAAUACUAAGAGUUGAGGCCCUGAAAAAGAUGGACGUGCUCUCUGAUAUAUCAGAAGGGCUCGCGGGCAUUGUUCUUAGGCAAAACGGUGAAUACCGCAAUGAUGUUCUUAAAUGGCUUACUCCGACCGACUAUGCUUCCCAACAGCAUGACCAUUUUUGCAGUCGGCAACCUGGAACGGGAGAAUGGUUUCUAAACUCAAAAGAGUACCAGAACUGGUUGGAUACAGCAGCGGAAGUCCUUCUUUGCGAGGGGAUUCCAGGAGCGGGAAAAACUAUCCUGACGUCAAUCGUGAUCGAUCAACUUACUACCAAAUUUCACCAUGAUCGCGAAACUCUGAACACUGGAAUUGCGUACAUUUAUUUGAGCUACCACCAGAAUUAUGAGAAAGCAGACAAUUUGCUUUUGAGCCUAUUAAGACAGUUAGCGCAGAUACGAUUAUCGCUGCCUAACUGCAUCACCGCCCUUUAUGAGCAGCAUAAAGACAAGGGAACUCGACCAUCAUUGGAGGCAGUCUCAUCGGCUCUGCAAUCCGUGAUCAGUACUUACUCUAGAACUCUUAUUGUCAUAGAUGCACUUGAUGAAUGUGCAGAUAUCAAUGGCUGCCGGUCGAAAUUUCUAGCAGAGAUUCUCAGCCUGCGUAUGAAGUCCGCGGUGAACAUAUUUGCCACUACGAGGCACAAUACGGAGAUUGCCAAACAGUUUGAAGGCAGCACUUUUCUCAAGAUUUCCGCUAGAGGAGAAGAUGUGCGUAGAUAUCUGGAUGAUCAUAUGAAACGACUACCAAACUUCGUCUGUGAGGAUGCAGAACUGAAAAGUGAGGUUCAAGGGACAAUCAUUGACUCGGUGCAGGGAAUGUUCCUUCUUGCUAAACUCUAUCUUGACUCGCUGGCCCAUAAAUAUACGGAAAAGGCUGUUCGUGAUACCCUUUCGAAGCUAUCGACUGGAUCAGAAAAAUAUGAGCAUGCUUAUAAAGACGCAAUGGAGCGAAUCGAAAUCCAGCCCCUGGCAAAGAAGGAGCUGGCAAGACGGGUUCUAUCUUGGAUUAUCUUUGCCAAAAGACAACUUUCACCAACCGAGCUCGUGCAUGCUCUUGCAGUGGAGUAUGGGCAUGUCGAACUCGAUAACCGGAACUUUAUCAAUGUUGAUGACGUUGUUUUAGCUUGCGAAAGCUUAGUUACCGUUGACAAAGAAACUGAAGUCAUUCGAUUAGUCCAUUACACAGCACAAGACUACUUUGAGCAGACGCGGAUGAAGUGGUUUCCUACUGCAGAGGUAGAAAUUACGAGGACUUGCGCUACUUAUCUAUCUUUUCGUAACUUUGACAGUGGGCUUUGCGCCAAUGAUACUGUCUUUGAAAAGCGACUAUCAGAAAAUCCAUUUUAUAGUUAUGCUGCUCAUUUUUGGGGCCAUCAUGCUCGGAAUGUCUCGCCGCUACCACAGGAAGUCACAGCUUUCCUUGUAUGUACAAAAAAGGUACAAGCCUCAAGCCAAGCUUUAAUGGCCGUCAAGCCGACAUGGAGAAAUUCAGAUUACAGUCAACAUGUCCCUAAAACCAUCACCGGACUACACCUGGCGGCGUAUUUUGGAAUUGAAAAAGUAUUGGAGAAUCUCCUUGGUGAACAAGGAUCAGACCCAGAUAUGAGCGAUGAUUUUGGUCGAACGCCAAUUUCAUAUGCCGCUGGCAAUGGAUACGAAACAGUAGCCAAACAGCUACUUGAUACAUUUGCAAUCAAUUCCGACUCUACAGAUAACGAUGGCCAGACGCCAUUGAUGUGGGCUGCCAAAGAAGGGCAUAGUACAGUUGUUGAGCUCUUACUUGUCACCGGCAGAGGCGACUCCAAUGCUAGAGACCGCUACAGUCAGACAUCACUGUUACUUGCGGCCAAGAACGGACAAAAAGCGGCAACCAAGUUACUCAUCGAGAAUCACGCGAAUCUUAAUGCGAGAGACAAUUUCGGUCAGACACCGUUAUGGUGGGCGGUCCGAAAUGGAGAUAUUCCUAUCAUGGAACUGCUUCUCGCGAAAGAUGGUGUUGACAUUAACACGAAAAACCGCUAUGAUCAAUCGCCUUUGUGGUGGGCAGCACGAAAUGGUGAUGGGGCGGCUGUGAAUUUACUCCUUACGCAAGAUGGGAUUGACAUCAACACUAAGAAUAAAAGUGGUCAGACGCCGUUGGGAGCAGCUGCACAAAAAGGCUACGAGGCAGUGGUCAGUAUGCUACUCGCCAAAAAAGACAUAGAAGUCGGUAUCGCAGACGAAUAUGGCCGUACACCGUUGCUUUGGGCUGCCAGACGCGGACAUGUUGCGGUAGUUGGGCUCCUGUACAACAAAGUCGGUGCUGGUAUCAAUGUAAUGGAUAAGACUGGAAAGACGCCAUUACUCUCGGCUGCUGAGAACGGCCAUACGGACGCAGUAAGGUUGUUACUUACUGCCAUCGAUGUCAAUGUUAAUGUUCAGGAUCGCAAUGAUCAAUCAGCACUAUUGCACUCAGCCAUUCGCGGGCACGAUGCUAUCGCCAAAGAGCUUCUUACUAUAGAAGGCAUUGAAAUCAACGUUGAAGACGCCUAUCAUCAAACUCCUCUUCUUUACGCAGUCAAGAAAGAGCACGAGGGAAUAGUCAAGAUGCUUCUCGAUAAAGAAGGCAUUGAUGUAAAUGCUGUCGAUCGACAUGGCCAAACGCCACUAUGGUGGGCAGCUUCGAAUGGAAACAAAAUCCUCUUCCAACUCAUUCAUACUCAGAAUGGCGUUGAUAUCAAUGCUAAGAAUACAUCUGGCCAGACGCCGUUACUGUGGGCAGCUCGCAAUGGAAAUGAAGCCACGGUGAAAUUCUUACUCAACGUGCCUGGCAUCGAUAUUAAUACUAAGGAUAGAGAAAAUCUGACGCCUCUCUGGUGGGCAGUUAAGAAAGUAUAUAAGGAAGUGGCUCGGCUGCUCCUUGCUACCAACAAUAUUGAAGUCAAUUCAAGGGACAAAGACGGCCAGACGCCACUGCUAUAUGCAACUAAGCAGGGACACAAGAAAAUGGUGGAACUGUUACUUAACAAGGCCAAUAUCGAUGUUAAUUCUACGGAUAAAAACGGACAUACUUCAUUAGCGCUGGCUUUGCGGUACUCUCAAGGGGAUGCCUCCUUAGUCGACAGCGAGGAAACAGAGAGUGGGAAGAGUCGAGGCUAUAACAGCGGCCACAUAUUGCCCCCAGCCCAUGAUAACACAAGCAGUACAAAGGAGGGGGAUUCAACAUUAUUACCAUGGGAAGCAAAGAAACGGUAUGAAGAUAUCGCCAAAUUACUUCUAGCUAAAGAUGGGAUUGAUGUCAAUAUCAGAGAUAAUUACGGCCAAUCAGUUUUGUUAUGGGCAGCAAAAAAUGGUUAUGAUACUUCGAUCGAUCUCCUAGUGAAAUCUGAUGGUAUCGAUAUCAAUGCGAAAGAUGAUCUAAACAAUUCUGCGCUAUCAUUGGCAGUUGCGAAGGGGCAUACAGCAGUAGUCAAACUAUUGCUGAGUCAUAUCAACCUUGAUGUUGUCAAUGAAGAUGGGAAUGGUCACACUCCCCUAUGGUUGGCUGUUGAGACUGGGAACGAAACAGUAGUUGAGUUACUACUUGAAGGCACGACAAAGCAUCGAGAGAGUAUCAACUACGGCCUUUUAAAGAAGGCCGCAAGUGAGAGAAAAGUGCGAAUUUUUGAGCUGCUUACGGCUCAGGAAGGAGUUGAUCUCAACGAAAAGGAUGUAUACGGUGAUACGCUGCUAUCAUGGGCCGUAGGGAUUGGGCAUGAAGAGACGGUGAAAUUGCUUCUUGCCAGGACUGAUAUUGAUGUCAAUGCCAAAGACACGCGUGGCGGGACGCCACUUUGGCGCGCUGUUGAUGGCAACAACAUAUCUAUAUUCAAGUUACUUCUGAAUAAAGAAAAUGUUGACAUUAACGCUAGAAAUUAUUUGGGCGUAUCGCCGCUCUUACUGGCCGUACGGAAUCAUCAACCACGCGUAUUAGACUCUCGUGGUUGGCGGGAUCGGUCACCAGAUGGGCAUCAUGAAAACACCAAAGGCCAUCGAAGCUGGUCGCCGCCCCCAUCGACGGUGUCUUCUUCCCUACCAACUGUCGAUAUGGAUGACGGAGAUUAUCCAUUAAACGUGAAAAAUCACAUAUACGAUACCAUAAUGCCGGGCCCGCUAGUGUCAUACGGCAGCCGAAGGCCUUCAAGCGAGAGGGACAUUCGGUAUUUUGACACGUAUACGAACAAACAUGGAGAAUAUCCGGACAAAACUGUAUCUCCCAUAGAGAGAGAUAACUGCAAGGACAUUAUUGAGCUACUAUUGGCUAGAGGAGAUGUUGGCAUUAAUACCGAAGACUGUGAGGGUAAUACGCCUCUCUCAGCUGCAGUAUGGAAUGAAGAUGCAGACAUAGUAAAGCUUUUGCUUUGCAAACGAGAUAUCAACGUCAACAAAAAGGGCAGUAACAGCUACACACCAAUAAUGGAUGCGAUACUCAAGAAUAAUAUGACAAUUAUAAGAUUAUUGCUCGGCUCUACCCAAGUCAAUGUCGACUCUGAGAGCCCUACUGGCUGGACACCGGUACGGCGUGCCAUACAUAAAGCAAAUUGGGAAUUACUCCACCUACUCAUUGGACACGGGGCCCAAGUCAAUUCCAGAGAUAGGUCAGGUAAACCGCUCUUAGCAUGGGUUGCCGAAAAUGAUGAAGGAAAGGCAGCUAGUAUCCUGCUUGCUGUCAAUGGCAUUGAUGUAAACAGCAGAGACCGCAAGAACCGAACGCCACUUUUUUACGCGGCUGAAAAUGGACAUGAGUCUGUUGUAGAAAAAUUACUCGAAAGCCAUGAUAUUGAUAUUAAUGGACAAGAUCGGCUUGAACAGGCCCCGGAAGCAAGAGUCAACGCUAGUGCUCAAGUUGAUGAAGAGUACAAUAUGGGCGGUCAAACUGCCUUGUCGGUGGCGGCUAGAAGGGAGCAUAAUGGAGUUGUCAAGCAGAUAAUUGCUUCAGAGAGCGUCGACGUUAAUUUAAGGGAUGAUAAUGGCCAGACAGCUCUAUGGAAUGCGGCUUCAAUGAAUUUAAAAUCUACAGUUGGGCUGUUACUCGCCCACGAAGACAUCGAUAUCAACAUAAAAGACAAUUCGGGCAAAACACCGCUACUGCGUGCAACUGAACUUGGAUUCAACGAAGUAGUCAAACUACUUCUUGCUGCAGAUGGAAUUGAUUUUAUGGCUAAAGAUGACAAAGGACGGAAUCCGCUAGGAACGGCAGUUUUCACUAACAAUGAAAUGGUGGUCAAGCUGAUUCUUGCCAAGGGUAUCCGAGACAUCAACGCUAAAGAUGCCAAGGGAAGAACCAUACUAUUCCUUGCUGCUGAGGUAGGGACACCUGAGAUAUUCCAGCUAUUCCUCUCGCGAGAUGACAUCGACAUUAAUGCUCAAGAUAAUAACCGCGAUACACCACUGACUAUAGCUGCAUAUUUUGGAAAUUUGCCGAUAGUCCGAUUGCUCCUGGGCCAGAAUAAUAUCGACGUUACUUCUAAAACUAUUUAUAACCAAACGGCUUUAUACUUAGCUUCGGAAAGGGGGCACUUUGAGAUAGUUCAACUGCUGCUUAGCAAAACCAAUACCAAUAUCAACUCUGCGGGUUUUGACGGCCGAACGCCAUUACAUUCAGCAAUCUUUAAGAGGCACAUGAGCGUCGUUAAACUCCUUCUCAGCCACGAAAACGUUAAUGUUCACUCUAAAUCCGAUGCCGGUUGGACGCCAUUGCAUACUGCCGCGGAAAAUGGUAAUCUACAAGUAGUUCAACUUCUACUUGGGUACAAAAGCACCAAAAUCAAUGACAAAAACGAACAAGAAUGUACGCCGCUACAUGUUGCCUCAGCGCAUGGUCAGGAACCAGUAGUUCAACUACUUCUCAACCAACAAGACAUCGAACUUGAUGCUAAGGACUAUGAAGGUUAUACGCCUUUGAAUUUAGCCAUAGAUGGUGGGAGAUUCAGAAUUACAAGGCUUCUUCUUGAGUCUGGCGCCGAUAUAGAAGCUAAAACCCAUGCCGGCCAUACACCACUACAUAAUGCUUCAAUCUCUGGCCGUUUCAAAAUAGUUAAACUUCUUCUUGAGCAUGGAGCGGAUCGAAAAAUUGCGGAUAAUGACGGUCGGACAGCCAUGGAUCUUGCCUUGCGAAAUGGACACAGCGUAGUGGCUGGCCUACUUUCUCAAUAAUCGGGGUUGGGGAAGCUGUUUGCAUUAGCACUGGGGCCGAAAACAUUGAGUG